AUGUCCACAGAUCCCCAUGUUGAGCAGCAAGAAUUGCUAUCUGAUGAUUAUAGCGGUGAUGAUGCAAUAAAAGAGGUGGCCAGUGAUGAUUCAAUCAGCAUUUUAACCGAUAACGAAACUAAAUUGGGGCACAACAUUGAUGCUGGUACAGGAUCAGGAACGGCAAACGGAUCAUUGGAAGACGUCAAUGAUUCAAUGGUGAAUAUGGACGUAGAAAAAGAAGGGAAGGAAUUGAAAGACGAUGUGGAGUCUAAUUCGGUAGAAAGGGUCCAGCCACAUGUCAAAACCGCAGAGAUUGAGUUAAUUGACCUGGGCUCGGAUUACUCUUCACAGCCGGGGUACCAGGAGGAAUUGGAAUAUGAGGAAGAUGAUGGAGAGGAAAAAGAAAGAGAAGAAGAGAGAGAAGAAGAAAGAGAAGAAGCAGCAGGAGAAGAAGUAGAAGGAGAAAUAGAAAAAGGAAAAGAAGAAAAUCCGAACUCUUCAACUGCAAACGAGUCAUCAUACCAAGUGCCUAUUCCGGUAUACAUCCAACUCCCCUCCAAUGAUACGUUUAAACUUGUACCAUUUGCACUAGAGGAGGAUGAGGACUAUUCAGAUUUAGCUGUAAUGUUCUCAGAUAUUACUAUUUUGAACCAACCUUUCAAUAAAUUUUUCAGUCACUUACGCAGUUUUUGCAACUCAAAUAGUUUGGAUUAUUCACCAGAGAAACAGUACUGUUUGGAAAUGAUCGAGCUUGAUAUUAAAAUUCUUGAGGAUGAUGUUCACACCAAAGAUGUGACUCCAAGAGAUUUUAUUGAACUUUUAAGUAGGCUGAAGGAAAAUACUGACAAAACAGCCUACAAUAUGAUCUUGAUAAAGGUUACUUUAGUUCCAACUUUGCUUAGUGUGUAUGAGCAUUUGAAGGACAUGGCAGACAGUGGUAAACGUAAAGGGCUUGAAAAUGUCGGGCUGCUGGCAGCUCCGAGCAAUGUAACAGAAGUUGAAGAGGGAGACUAUCUGGAGUAUGAAUCAGAGCUUGAACCAGAUGAGCCAACUACCCAGGGAAAAACGACGGACGCGGAUAUUGGUCAGCAAUCACGGCCACUCGAGGUGGCAUCAGAUACGGAGUUUGAGGUAGAAGAAGUUGAGACGGAAGAUGUGGAGACAGAUCACAAACGAUCCAUCACACCACUUCCUGAUCAUUCAACUAAAAGAAUUCAUAGUUAG